GCGGCUGACUUCACACUUUGAACAAGAUGGCGUGUAGCAGAAAGGUGUGUUAGAAGAGUCUCUUUGUUGUGUUAAGAAAGAGUGAAAAUGAGUAACGUCCAGAUGCUGAGAGCGUUGGUGAAGCAGCGACUAACUGCGGCUGCUGAAGAGAUAUUUGGGCUGUUUGAAAGAACGAUAGUAGAGUACGAGGAGGAACUUUGUCGUUCAAAAGAGGAGAACAAGCGACAACGGGAACUACUGGACUCUGUUUUCAACCCUCAGCUUCGGUUACACAGAGCAGAUGUUGAGCAGCUGUUGGUGGUUAAAGAAGAGGUUCCCCCUGAGCAGCAGGAGGGUAGCUCCAGUGUGGACCAGGAGGAGCCAGAGCCCCCCCCACACAUUAAAGAGGAACUGUGGAGCAGUCAGGAGAGAGAGCAGCUUCAAGGGCUGGAGGAGGCUGAUAUCACCAAGUUCCCAUUCACUCUUGUCCAUGUGAAGAGUGAAGAUGAUGAAGAGAAAGCUCAGUCCUCACAGCUUCAUCAAAGACACACUCAACACAUGAAAACAGAAGCUGAUAGAGAGGACUGUGGAGGACCAGAACCACCCAGGAACUCACAUCCACCAUUACAACCAGAGACUGAAGACCAGACUGGAGACUCUUCUGAACAUGAGACUGAUGACAGUGCUGAUUGGAAGGAGACCAGAGAACCUCAGUCAGCUUCAAACUCUCUGAAACAUGAUUCAAGAUCCAGUCCGCAGACCAGCGAGAAGAAACUGCUGAAUGCUAUCAGCGGGCUGUCUCGUCAGCUUACUCUGCUUGCUGCCGAUGUGAAUGAGCAGUUCACCGCAGUAAACUCCAGGUUGCUGUCCAUAGAGGAUAGGUUGGAUACUUUGGAGUCGAAAAACUGUGUGGAAGAGACUAACUCUAAGAAGAGAAGACGGGUGCACAAUCCUAAGAUUGCGGAAGCAGUACGCCGUCUUCACAACUCAGAGACAAAUUGUAGGCGCUACGACCCGGCGCAAGGACUAAGCUCGCCUCAUAACGAGGCCGUGACCUCCUAUUUGGUUGGCGUUAUGUCUGCAAGUCCAGAUUUACAUGAUGCUGAUAAUGACGCCUUUGUGUCUGCCUGUAAGACAUAUUACGAGACAGUACGCAGGAGCUUCAGGUUCAAACAACCAGAUCUUGCAUCGCAGGUGGAAGCUGUGAAGAGUUCAGCUCGGAGUCGAUCGAGAAGAAAGAGGCUGCUGGAAGCGAGACAGAGUGUGCUAGCUGAGGAUGAGGUGGACCUUUGGAAGUGCGCCACCGUAGACCUGAUGUCUGAUGAGGAAGACGGCAUCGUUGACGGGGUGUCUGGAUGGAUUGUGCGACCUCCGUCCUUUCGCAGCCAGGAGCUCACCAAGCUCUGUGCCACGCUACAGUCGAGAUUAGAGGCGAUUCCGAAGUACAGGGCAACUCACCACAGACGUCUGCAAAUUGGACCGAAUUCAGACAGAAUGCCACCAGUUACCUACAGCUCCGAGGCGGCAAACGGACACUUCACGGUGCUGUAGGAUUUUGGGCUUCUCGUGAGCUUCCCAUUUGUUGUGUGGGCAGAUCUCCUACGCUUUGUACAUAGUUGUGUGUUUGCCUUUGUGCUAAUAAAGCUCUUUCUUUGAAUAAACGGCACGUUCCUAGCAAA